AAACUGGGCAGUCUUAAACAUUUCAGACCAUUAGUUAUUUUUUCUGCCCUCCAGUUUUUUUUUCUAUUAUUCUUAGGUUUUCAAGUAUUUAAAGCUGAGGUUACUGGUCACUGAGAUAUUGCCUGGUUAGGGUUCGGCAUUGUGCCCGAAUCUGUUGGGCCUCUCAGGGCCCGAGUUCUCUGUGCUUUAACAAAUGAGCUACAGUUCUCAAGAGAUCAGUGAAGCUUGUUUGUUGAUCCUGUAUUCUCAUCCAGAGGAAGUAGAUCUUUGGGAAUGUCUAAGGAAGGGGUGUUUGUGAACCGAAGUUUAGCGAUGGAAAAAAUAAAGUGUUUUGGUUUUGAUAUGGAUUAUACACUUGCUGUGUACAAGUCCCCGGAGUAUGAGUCCCUUGGCUUUGAGCUUACUGUGGAGAGAUUAGUUUCUAUUGGCUACCCUCAGGAACUGCUCAGCUUUGCUUAUGAUUCUACAUUCCCUACCAGGGGACUUGUUUUUGACACACUAUAUGGAAAUCUUUUGAAAGUUGAUGCCUAUGGAAACCUUUUGGUCUGUGCACAUGGAUUUAACUUCAUAAGAGGUUCUCAGGUAGCUGCUCAGAAGAGACCAGAAACUAGAGAGCAGUAUCCAAACAAAUUUAUCCAACGAGAUGACACUGAAAGAUUUUACAUUCUGAACACACUUUUCAAUCUACCAGAGACCUACCUGUUGGCCUGCCUUGUAGAUUUUUUUACUAAUUGUCCUAGAUAUACCAGCUGUGAAACAGGAUUUAAAGAUGGGGACCUCUUCAUGUCUUACCGAAGUAUGUUCCAGGAUGUAAGAGAUGCUGUUGACUGGGUUCAUUAUAAGGGCUCUCUUAAGGAAAAGACAGUUGAAAAUCUUGAGAAGUAUGUAGUCAAAGAUGGAAAACUGCCUUUGCUUCUGAGCCGAAUGAAGGAAGUAGGGAAAGUGUUUCUUGCCACCAACAGUGACUAUAAGUAUACAGAUAAAAUUAUGACUUACCUGUUUGAUUUCCCACAUGGCCCCAAGCCUGGGAGUUCCCAUCGACCGUGGCAGUCCUACUUUGACCUGAUCUUGGUAGAUGCACGGAAGCCACUCUUUUUUGGAGAAGGCACAGUACUACGCCAGGUGGAUACUAAGACUGGCAAGCUGAAAAUUGGUACCUACACAGGCCCGUUACAGCAUGGCAUCGUCUACUCAGGAGGUUCAUCGGAUACAGUCUGCGAUCUGUUGGGAGCCAAGGGCAAAGACAUUUUAUAUAUUGGAGAUCACAUUUUUGGAGACAUUUUAAAAUCAAAGAAACGGCAAGGUUGGCGAACUUUCUUGGUGAUUCCUGAACUUGCACAGGAGCUCCAUGUCUGGACUGAUAAGAGUGCACUUUUUGAAGAGCUUCAGAGCUUGGAUAUUUUCUUGGCUGAACUCUACAAGCAUCUUGACAGCAGCAGCAACGAGCGCCCAGACAUUAGUUCCAUCCAGAGACGUAUUAAGAAAGUAACUCAUGACAUGGACAUGUGCUAUGGGAUGAUGGGAAGCCUGUUUCGCAGUGGCUCCCGGCAGACCCUCUUUGCCAGUCAGGUGAUGCGAUAUGCUGAUCUCUAUGCAGCGUCUUUCAUCAACCUGCUGUAUUAUCCAUUCAGCUACCUCUUCAGAGCUGCCCACGUCUUGAUGCCUCAUGAGUCAACGGUGGAACACACACAUGUAGACAUCAAUGAAAUGGAGUCCCCUCUUGCCACUCGGAACCGCACAUCGGUUGAUUUCAAAGAUACCGACUACAAGCGGCACCAGUUGACGCGGUCAAUUAGUGAGAUUAAACCCCCCAACCUCUUCCCACUGGCUCCCCAGGAAAUUACACACUGCCAUGAUGAAGAUGAUGAUGAGGAGGAGGAAGAGGAAGAAGAAUAAGGAGGAAUAAGAACCAAAACUGAGCACCCAUUAAACAAGCCUGGCAGGACUCACAGGAGCAAAGGAUGGGUUCUAGCGGUGGGUGGGGGAGCUCUGUCAAAGGUACAUCUGGAAGGUUUCUGAAGACUUUAAAAUAUUCUCAUCAUAGAGAGAUACUUUUUAGUUUUGUUUGCACUCUUUGCAGAUGGUUCAAAUUGUAAUGGAGUCUGUAUUGAAAGCAAGCGAGGGGAAAGCCGGGCAGAACUGCAUGAGGAUGGCUCCAUCGUGGCUUGUGACACCGUUUCCUUGUCUUGUUUCCUCAGUGUGCGCUGGAUACACCUGGGGUGGUGGAGAGUCUCGGAGUGGAGCAAGGGUGAUGGGAAGAGGUGAUCCAAAAUGAUGUUGUGUUACAAAUUGUGUUCUUACUCCAAAAUCCAUCCUGAAAUUUUCAGUGCAUCACAUAGUAUUGUAUAUCAGUGGAGAAAUAUAUUGUUUCCAUUAUCAAAUGUAGUCUUCUGUUAAGGCCAAG